CACCUGUCAAGACCUUUUUGGUGUUUUUUAUUAAUGAGUUCCCCCGUUAUGUUUUCAGCGUCAUAUCCCCCGUCGCUGGAAGAAUGUCGAGACCGAAUGAUUUAAAAAUAGGAUCUCUCCUCUGACAGCCUGCUCUAAUGACUCCCGGAGCAUUGUAGUGCGAGAAGUAGGAAUGGGAAGAUGGCUGCAGAUCUAGGAGAGCUGCUGGUCCCUUAUAUGCCCACCAUCAGAGUUCCCAGAACAGGAGACAGGGUUUUCAAGGUUGAAUGUGCCUUUUCCUACGAUUCGCCCGAGUCUGAGGGAGGCUUGUAUGUGUGUAUGAACACAUUCCUGGGCUUUGGCAGAGAACAUGUGGAGAGACAUUACCGUAAAACCGGACAGAGCGUUUACAUGCAUCUCAAACGUCAUGUCAAAGAGAAAGCUACAGGUGCCGCAGGGGGUGCCAUCCCCAGAAGAAGAAACGGAAAAGUGUUCCUAGAUUUAGAACUAAACGGUGAUUUUAACGGAGAUGAGUAUGAGUGUGAAGACGAGGCCAAGCUCGUCAUAUUUCCAGACCACUUCGAGAUCCCCUUACCAAAUAUUGAGGAGUUGCCUGCACUGGUGACAAUAGCCUGCGAUGCCGUGCUCAACGCUGCGUCAGCCUACAAAAAACAGGAGCCCGACUCCUGGGACGAUGAGAUCCAGGUUUCCAAACAUGCCAGGAGUCUCCGGCAGCAGGACAACGGCGUGAAGAUCCCACCCAGUGGAUGGAAAUGUCAGAAGUGUGAGAUGAAAGAGAACCUGUGGUUGAACCUGUCAGACGGAGCGGUGCUUUGUGGGAAGUGGUUCUUUGAUGGUGCCGGAGGAAACGGCCACGCCUUGGACCACUUCAAAGACACUAACUUUCCCUUGGCAGUCAAGCUGGACAACCUCACCCCAGACAUAGCAGAUAUUUAUUCGUUUGAUGAAGAAGAAGCCGUCCUGGACCCGCAAAUAUCCGAACACUUGCAACACUUUGGAAUAGACAUUAUACAGAUUCAGCGGAAUGGAACAGAUAACGACCACCACAACACAGACAACACAAACAACGUGCGGCCGCGAGUCAGCGAGUGGGAGCUGAUCCAGGAGUCGGGCAUGAAGCUGAAGGCAGUGUACGGCUCGGGUUUCACGGGCAUCAAGAACCUGGGCAACAGCUGCUACCUGGGCACCAUCAUGCAGGUCCUCUUCAGCAUCCCUGAGUUCCAGAGGGCGUAUGUUGGAAAUCUACAGAGGAUAUAUGACUACUCACCUCUUGACCCCAGCACGGACUUCAGCACACAAAUGGCUAAACUUGGCCACGGACUCCUCUCAGGCCUGUACUCCAAACCACCAAUGAAAUCCGAGCUCAUUGAACAGGUGAUGAAAGAAGAAUACAAGGUAUUAGACUGGCACCAGCCAAAGGGUAUCUCUCUCAAGAUGUUCAAAGCCCUGGUUAGCAAUGGCCACCCAGAGUUCUCCUCCAACAGACAGCAAGAUGCACAGAAGUUUUUCCUGCAUCUCAUCAACCUGGUGGAGAGAAACAGUGUGGGCUCGGAGAACCCCAACGACGCGUUCCGCUACCUGGUGGAGGAGCGCGUGCAGUGUUGCCAGACGCAGAAGGUGCGCUACACCCAGAAGGUGGACUACCUCAUGCAGCUCCCGGCCCCCAUCGAGGCCGCCUCCAACAGAGAGGAGCUGAUAGCGUAUGAGGCCAAGCGAAACGAAGCAGAGGAGAACAUGAGGGCCCCUCCAGAGCCCGUGAGGGCCCGGAUCCCCUUCACAGCGUGCCUGCAGGCCUUCACGGAGCCAGAGAACGUCCCUGACUUCUGGAGCUCGGAGCUGCAGGCCAAAUCAGCUGGAGUCAAGACUUCCCGUUUUGCCUCCUUCCCAGAGUAUCUGGUGGUGCAAAUAAAGAAAUUCACAUUUGUGGUGGACUGGGUUCCAAAGAAAAUAGAUUUGUCCAUAGACAUCCCAGACUUCCUGGACCUGUCUCGGCUCCGGGGAACAGGACUGCAGGCGGGAGAACAAGAGCUCCCAGACCUCACACCCCCCAUCGUCCUCCCUGAAGACACCAGAGACAACUCGAUGAGCUCCUCAGAUUCCACAGGAAUAGACGAGUCGGCGGCAAUGCAGCUGGCGGAGAUGGGCUUCCCUCUGGAGGCCUGUCGGAAGGCCAUCUACUACACUGGGAACAUGGGCCCCGAGAUGGCCCUCAACUGGAUCAUAGCACACAUGGAGGAGCCUGACUUUGCUGAGCCCCUGGCACUGCCAACCUUCAUGGAGCCCGGCCCUUCCGUGGCCAGCUCGGGCUUGGCUGCCACCCCCCUGGACAACCAUCCUCCAGAGGAGAGCAUCGCCAUCCUCACCUCCAUGGGCUUCCCCCGCCGCCACACCCUCCAGGCCCUAAAAGCCACGAACAACAACCUGGAGCGGGCGCUGGACUGGAUCUUCACCCACACGGAGAGGGAGGAGGAGGAGACUAGCGACGCCCUGUCUGACAUGGCCGAUACCACGGAGCCCAACGACAGCGCCUUCUCCAAUGCCAACACGCACAGCGACUCUACACUGUCCCCAGACCAGGACGCCUCAGACCCCCGGAUCAAAGACGGACCCGGGCGUUACGAGCUUUUUGCUUUCAUCAGCCACAUCGGAGCGUCCACGAUGUCUGGUCAUUAUGUAUGCCACAUCAAAAAGGAAGGAAGAUGGGUGAUCUUCAAUGACCACAAAGUGUGUUUGUCAGAAAGGCCUCCAAAAGACUUGGGCUACAUCUACUUUUACCGUCGACUGUCUAGCAGCUAGACCAAGCCCCCCGCCCUCCAACCUUAGAGAACCACAUCCUCACAACCAGAAGACAGGAAGACAACCACAGUGGGAAUUAUGGAAACACUCGCACCCCAGACCAGCCAAAAAAAGAUAGGAACCGCUCGACUCAGCCAAGUCACUCAAGAGCAACCGCAAAGUACGGUCAAAGGGGAAAGCAAUUUGCUUUUUGUAUGUCUCUGUGAUUCCCGUGUGCUUGUGUGUAUUGAAACGUGUUAUUUGUCUGCUGCAAGUGUCAAACCCAUUCCACGGAGGGCCAAGUGUCUGCGGAUUGUUCCUCCUCCCUUGUACUUGAUUGAUGAAUUAAGGUCACUAAUUAGUAAAGACAUCCCCUCACCUGUUUUGUCUAGGUCUUAAUUGAAAGAAAAAGAAACAAAUCUACAGACACUAGGCCCUCCUUGGAAUGAGUUUGACACCCCUGGUCUACGGCGUAGGUACAGAGCGAUGUGUGCAAUUUCAGUUAUCGGAGUACUCCACAGUUCUAGUAUCAGCAUAUAAGAUCUUACUAUACAUUUUCUAUGCCUUAAGCUACUGUGCCAGUAUUUUUAUUGAAGUGGUACGUUUUAUAAAUGUCGGGCAUGGUCCAAAAGUGGUCACGAGUCACUGCUAACCCUGAAAAACUCUGAAGCAGAACUCGAUUAAAAAGAAAACGCAAUGCUGCUGGGAGCUUUGCAUGUGCCAUGCAGAACGGAAUAUUGGAGAAUGUUUUGCAUCUAUAGGGAAUUAAAAGGACAUCAGGAACCCUUAACAUGUGAUGCAGGAUAGAAAAUUAUGGCAUUGAAUGCAGAGAAAUAGCCAGCAUCGGCAAGUGUCAGAAUAUGGGAAAAACAUUUGAAAAACCGCUCUUAACUAUUAUGGAUACAGAAUAAGUAAUAUCCUUAUUGGAGGGUUCGGAUGUCCUGUAAUGAGAUUAGUCAUAUCUGUCUGGUUUUAAUUUGCAGGUUUUUCUGGGCUUUGGUGGAGAAACUGUUUUCUGUACAGUGACAAUUGGACGAGUCAAGUUUCAGUUGCCAGGAGAAUGUCAUUUUUAUUGAAAUCUGAAAGCACUUUGACAGACUUUUAUAUCCCUGUUUUUCACAUAGAAAUAGAACCAUGAGCAUAUAUUACCUUGAAUCAGAUACCCUAAACUGAUAUUUGCUUUUCUUGAAUGUGGUAAAAGCCUGUGACCAAUGUGGUUGUAACCAAAAAAUGACUACUAUUAUAUCACCUUUCUUUUUUCAAAGUGUUCCUCAGACCAUGUCGAUUACGCAUAGUGUAUGCAUGCAUACAGUAUUGGUUGGCAUUUGUAUGCGCGCCUAAUAUGAUUUACAUUUUGUGGAAGGACAGACAAUGCAUGAGGUAAAUGUUUGCCAAUUAUUGUAGUCCUCAAACUCUGAGUAAUACCACAUUUAAUAUUCGAUAUGCCGCCAUCUUUUUAAUGCAGAAUGUAUGCAUUUGAACACAGCCAUCUGUGUUUUCUUCAUUAUUAUAGCAAUAUGCACUGGGACAGAAUCUCUUAUCUUGAGAAUACACCAUGUAUUGUAGGUUACGACCUACAACUUGCUCCAGAAUGCGUUCUCGUACUUUAAGACGUGGUGCUGUGCUGAAUGUAUUCCUUAUUGUGCUCACUGCAACCAACCCCCCCCCCCCCCCCCCCCUUCGACUUUAAUGCUAAAUUCUAACACAUAUCAGAGACAACACUGGCCCUACUCGUGCAUAGUCUCCAACCGUUGUGUAUAUGUUAAUACUGUAUUCACCAUUUUACUCAUACUCGCUGCUCAUUCAUUCUCACUCUUUUCGUGUCCAGCACAGUCACACCUUAGAUUGUUUGCACUUCUAUGUCUUAUUCUCAUGACCCUAUACAGCCACUCUAUCAAAGACAGUUCAUCAACCUGUGUAGUAGUAAACCCAGCUGCGGUGUUGCCUAGAGUUCAUUGUAUGGUUGUUACAUAUCGACAAGGUAGUGGAUUGCAAUGUCGCAUAUCAAAAACCCUUUUUUUUUCUUCUUGUCUUUGAAUACUUACCUGGGCAAUAUUCCAUCAAAGCAGGUUUCCUGGAAGAGUCAAGAACAUGAUUGUGCUUGCAUUGCAAUAAUGUACCUUUGGUUUCAUGUACUCCGCAAUGCAAAUGUUUUCAGUGUGAGACAAAAGAAACUAAAACUGCAUAUAAACUCAAACAUACUUUCUUGCUGCGCAGGAUAAAUCAUGUUUUUAGACCAACAAUGGGAAACCAGAUAAUGGUUUUGAUUUACUAGAGCCCUUGGUUGUUUUGGAGAGGAUUACAAUUCCCCAUCUCAAAUCGAUCCCUGAAGAUCUCCCAUCCUUGUCAGACGCUACUUGAUAAAUUGCUUCUGUUACCUAUGCAAUUCUUCGCGGUCUCUUUGCAAGUAUUGUUUUUGCCAUCCCCCUUCCACACUUGUUUAUUAUUCAAUAAGAAUAGAAUGAAUCCCUCUGUUCCAUUCUGAGAUUGUCAUUACUGGUCCUUGACGGGUCAGUGUAGUAGUUACAUUUAUUAUACAAAGGUCUGAUUGCUGAGGAGAGGUGGGUGUUCUAUGCAUUCUAGUUCUAUACCGUUUUGUCCUCUACCGGGGUUCCUCCCCAUCUGGUCAACUCUGGCUGUUUUAGACUGGCAGAGUGCCCGCUCACCUUCUUUGCUCUCCAUUUACUGUGGAAUUGAUCGCUAUGGAGGACUUCUGUUUUGUCUUCUCUCAGCUCUCUCUUCAUCUGUCACUUCCUCGCCACCACUAUUUCUUGAGGUUGUGAAAGGUAGUGGUUUACCUUUUGUCACAAAACGCCUUCGUACUGUGAGCAUGUGCACUAAAAGUUGAUAUUUGGUCUGUACAAUACAUGUAUUUUUCUUUUAUUUCAUUUAACUAAAUGUUCAAUGAUACUUCACCUGUUUUUACUUGAUUUUUCUUUGCCUUUUUGCAAACAAGUUUGUUCCCAUUCUGUAGUUUAUUACAUACAGUUUCCCUGAAGGGAUUAUUUAAAGUUGACUUUUGUAAUGUAUGUUUGCAUAGUUCAAUAAACUACACAUUUCUUGACAUUUGA